UUCAGAAUUGCUUUCAGUGUUCAUCGAGAAUGGAGACGGAAACACAGACGAAGGAGAUAGAGAAGUUGUGCCAGAGAUGCAAGCGAAGCUACAGAGAUUCUUCAAACGACGCUUUUUCUUGCCGUUUCCAUCCUUCCUUCUUCGUUUGUCGUCGCCACGAUGACCAGAAAAGACUGAGAAUCAGUUCGUUCAGCUAUUUCGAGUCUUUAGCUUCGAGACGAAAGCUGCAGAAUCGCAGUGGUUACGGUCUUUGUACCCUUGAAAGUUAAGUACUCGUUUGAGCAAGUACUUUAACUUUGUUUAGGAUCAUAUCCGAUUGUGAUUUCUUCUACAUUUUGAUAUUUCUUCAACCUAGAAUACAUCCAAGUAGUGAAGAUAACACAUAAUCUCUACAAUUUUCCAUCAAGUGCUCUACAUUGGUUCUGCUACUUAAAGAAAUGGUAAUGUUAUAGAUAAAGAGCAGGUGACGAUACAUCUUGGAGAAUAUCAUCUGAUUCUCUCUUUCUGAUUAUAUAGUAAUUAAGAAAUGGUAAUGGUAUAAAUAAAGAGCAGGUGGCUAUUGUUAUGUGUGGCAAACGAGUUUAUUUCUGGUGUUGAUGCUUAUUGGUUUUGGUAUUCAUAUUCUUGCUAGUUCGUGAGAUUUGUUAUUUCAUGUGUGUUUGUUCCAAGGUGAUAGUGAUCCAAACUGAACAUUAAUGAAUCGACUAGAGUGUGAUGCAUCUGUCUGAUUUAAUUUUUUCUUAGGAAGAGUUUAAUUAAUUAAACAUGUUUUCUAUUGACAACUGAAGGUACUAUGAAUUGGGACCAGAUGAUCCACCGUAUGCAGCCAAGUUCUACGAUUGUUGCGGAGCAGAGGAUUGUUACGUGCAGGUCCAAACUAAGCUAAAUGGAUUGGGCUUUGACUCUACGGCCCAGGUUCAUUCGCCUCUUAACGAUCUAAUCCUAAGCAGUAAGACGCUCCAGCUCAACCAAAUCCAGAGAAACAAGGAAGGAUCCGAACCAAGUUAGAGCAUAUUCUCACCAGUUUAAACGAGUCUGAAGAUCGCAGGAGGUUGCUGCACGUGGGGAGAUUUCUGGCUGAAGCUGCUGCACGUGGCCGAGAUACGCGCUGGAGUUCGAAGUUUGAUGAGGCGAGCUAUAUAAAGGAGGAGAACGGCUUAGUUCGAGCCACCUUCGGCUUGAUCUUUUCACAUAUUUUUUACAUCCGAAAAC